CUCUCUAAGUUUCCCAUCGUCUUUUGAUUUCUGGUCUAGGGUUCGCUCAUACACAUCUUCCAAGUCAAUUUUGUGGGUGAGCAUGAUGACGUCUUCCAAAGCAGAACUCGAAGAGCAGCUUCUGAAAGUUGGAAAAAAGCUUCUUCAGCCACCUGCAACGGUCGAUGAGCUUCUUCCCUUGCUCGAUCAAGCUGAGGCUCUUCUAUCCAGGGUGGAGCAAUCUCCGUCUAGACCACUGCAAUCAGUCCUCUCUCUUUCAACAAAAGCUUUAGUAGAAGAUGAACUAUUCAGACAUUCAGAUAUGGAUGUGAAAGUUGCAGUGGCUUCGUGCAUUACUGAGAUAACCAGGAUUACGGCACCAGACGCCCCUUAUGAUGAUGACAAGAUGAAGGAUAUUUUCCAGCUUAUUGUAUCCUCAUUUGAGAACAUAUCUGAUCUAUCCAGUCGUUCAUACUCCAAGAGAACCUCAAUUUUAGAAACGGUUGCCAAGGUCAGAUCGUGUGUGGUUAUGCUAGAUCUGGAAUGUGAUGAGCUGAUUAAUGAGAUGUUCCAGCACUUCAUGAAUGUGAUAAGGGAUUAUCAUCCGGAGAGUAUCUUCUCGGCUAUGGAGACAAUUAUGAGUCUUGUGUUGGAAGAGAGUGAAGAAAUAUCUAUGGAGUUAAUCCAUCCUAUCUUAGCCAGUGUUAAAAAGGACAAUCAGGAAAUAUUGCCAGUGGCGCGUAGAUUGGGGGAAAGAGUGAUUGAAAACUCUGCUGUAAAACUGAGGCCAUAUAUGUUGCACGCAGUGAAGUCCAACUGGAUAUCUUUGGAUGAUUAUAGUGAAAUAAUAAGUAAUUUAUGUGAGGGCAUAAGUAUUAUCAAGCGUAGCAAUGGUCCUGCUUCCACAGGACAGCUGAGAAGUGAAAGCUUGCUGAAUGGGUCUUCAGAAAAGAAUGACAUUUCUGUGGUGGGAUCACCGAAACUGAUUCCAAAUGACGAUGUUGCUGAGAGUACUGAGGAAGGUCCAGAGUCCUCCAAGAAGACAGAGAAUGGUCAACAUGCUGACCACUCUGUGGACGCUGAAGAAACAAAGAAGGCUGAAUCUGGAGGCAUAGAUAAUGUGGAUACAGUAGAUUCAGAUUCAAGGCAAGAAAAAUCUGUAAAGAACAAUGGAAGAAAUUUGAAGAAGUCCUUGACUAAAAGAACCAAACCAUCAGUUUCCUUGCCAGUUAAAAGGGGAAAAAGAGCUGAAGAGGCAGUUGAUAUUACAGGUGCUGCUUCUGAGGAGCCAUCUGUAAAAGAGCCACUUGAGAAAGAGGCUGAACAGCUUGUAAUAGAGGCUAAAGAUGUAACUGAUAUUUCCCCAUCAUCAUCUCAAAGUGUACCCAAAGCAAAAGUCAGACAACCAAAAAAGGAAACAUUGAGUCAAGACAUUGCAUUGCCUGCUGAAGUUUCCAAAGAACAUGGAACAAGUGUUCUGGAAGAGAAACUCCCGAGAUCUGCAGGAAAGAAGACCUCUGGUCUUGGUAAAACCGAGGGUGGAACUCUUAUUGUGGGAGAUAUGAACAGUGUACCAAACAACAAAAAGACAAAGGGAGUAAAAAAAAACAAAUUUGAUGCAUCUGAAAAGAAGGAAGGAAGAAAGCGGGAUCAAGAAAAGGCUAUACCAGAGAAGGAUACAACAUCUUCCCAUGAAGAUGACAAGGAAUUGAUUUCGUCACAUAAAUCUUUCUCAAGAUUGCCUAAAGAUGAAGAUCAAAUUAAUGAAGCAGACAAAAGUUUUAAGAGAAAGCAGCGUGGCUCAGGAAAAGACAAAGUCACUGAUACUAGAGAUUAUGGUGCUGAUCUUGUGGGUUCAAAAGUUAAAGUAUGGUGGCCCAAAGAUAAAGAAUUCUAUGAAGGUGUUAUUGAUGCUUAUGAUCCUGUUGAGAAAAAACACAAGAUUUUAUAUAAUGAUGGAGAUCAAGAAGAGUUGAAUCUUAAGAAGGAGCGUUGGGAGUUAACUGGAGAUAACUCUGAGGAACAAAAGAGUGUCCGGCGAGGCUCAGAUCUCUCUAAAAUGCACAAAAAGAAGAAACCAGAAAUGGACUCUGACCAGCCAGCAGCUAAGCAAGAGAAUACAGAAUCUUCACGCAGGGAUAUGGGAUCAUUCUCCAGCAAAAUGAAGGGUGUGGCAAAGAAGCUUGCUCAAAAUUCUAUGGAUGGUGGAGUCGAGAAAAAAUCAAGCUUGAUGAAGUCUUCUCGUGUUAGGUCUGAUGAAGAUGGUGAAAAUAAGUCGAAGAAGAAGGAUUCUUCUAAAAGACAUGGGAAAUCCACAGAAUCUGGGUCAAUAUCAAGACCUGGGGGGAUAAAAAAGAAAGAUGGUGAAACUCUGAAGGUGGUAAGUAAGAAAGUGAAACAAGAUAACUCUGUCGAGGAAGAAGAGGAGGAGGAAGAGUUAGAAGAAGUUAAUGCAGAAAGCACUCCAAAAGGUUCAUCCAAAUCCAACGGUAAGACUGCUCAAAAUAGUAAAAAUAGAUCCAAAGGAAAACCUAAAUCAAAGGAAGAAGAAAGCGAGUCAGAGAAGGAAUCACCCGAAAUGGUAAAGGAAUUGGGAAAAAGGAAGUCGACUGCUGCUGCGAAGACAAGUGGUACGGUAACAAAGAGAAGGAAGAAGGCAUGAAAAAGAUUUAUGUUAAAAUGGAUGGAGCCUUUAGUUUAAUAUUCUAAUGCUAGUUAGGUUGUUGUGGUUGAGUGAUUUUCUGUCUAAAAUAGUGUUUGUUGGGGAAAUUUUAUUUGGAGAUAAAGAAGAGAUUUGUAUGAUAAAUUAGAGUUAGAUUAUUAUUUUAACUAACCUAUCUAUUUAUG